AAAAACUGUUCUUCGUCUCUCUCAGAUCUUUUUCUCUUCCUCUCCUCGGAGUUAGAGAAAACAGAUAGCUGCCGCCGAUCUCCAUGGCUGCCGCCGUUAGGUUUUUCAUUCUUCUUUUACUCUUCUUAUCGUCUUUGAACCCCAUCCUUUCUCUCUAUGAAGAUCAAGUAGGCCUCGUGGAUUGGCAUCAGCAAUAUAUCGGAAAAGUUAAGCACGCAGUGUUCCACACUCAAAAGACUGGGCGAAAGCGAGUGGUGGUAUCCACCGAGGAGAACGUAGUGGCUUCACUUGAUCUUCGCCAUGGCGAGAUUUUUUGGAGACAUGUUCUUGGGACCAAGGAUGCUAUCGAUGGAAUUGAUAUUGCCCUUGGAAAAUAUGUCAUAACUCUUUCAUCAGGAGGAAGUAUUUUAAGAGCAUGGAACCUUCCUGAUGGGCAGAUGGUUUGGGAAUCUUCACUUCAGGGUCCAAAGGACUCAAAGACGCUCCUAUUGGUAGAGAAAAGUUCCAAAGUUGAUAAGGAUAACAUGGUCAUUGUUCUUGGUAGAGGCUGUCUUCAUGGUGUUUCAAGUGUAGAUGGUGAGAUUCUUUGGAAGAAGGAAUUUGACACUCAAAGCCUGAAGAUCCAGCAGGUUAUUCAGCCUCCUGGAAGUGAUUUUAUUUAUGUGGUAGGAUUUUCCAGUUCCUCCCUGUUCGAGGUGUAUCAAAUAAAUGCUAAAAAUGGAGAGGAGCUACAGCAUGAAACUGCAGCCUUUACUGGUGAUUUUUCUCAGGAACUUUCAUUAGUUUCAAGUGAGACGCUAGUGGCUCUUGAUGCUGCCAGGUCAAGUUUGGUAACAAUAAGCCUCCAAAGUGGAAAAAUCAGUUUUCAACAAGCAUACAUUUCACAUCUUGUUGAGGGGUCUUCUGGGCCAGCAGUGAUGUUACCUUCACCAGUCACAGGAAUAUUUGCUGUUAAAAUCAAUGCAGUAACAGUAUUUAUUAAAGUUACAGGUGAAGGCAAGUUGGAGGUAGUGGACAAAACUGAACACACAACCAUUAUUAGUGAUGCUCUCCCAUUCACAGAGGGCCAACAGGCAUUUGCACUGGUUCAACAUGAAGGCAAUAAGAUUCAUCUCAUAAUGAAGCUUGCUGAUAAUUGGGGUAGUGAUUUGCUUAAAGAAACAAUUGAAAUGGACCAGCAAAGGGGGCUUGUUCAUAAGGUUUUUGUAAACAAUUAUAUCCGAACAGAUAGGUCUCAUGGGUUUAGAGUGUUGGUUGUAAUGGAAGAUCAUUCAUUAUUAUUAUUACAACAAGGUGCAGUUGUCUGGAGUAGAGAAGAAAGCCUGGCCUCAAUAGUUGAUAUUACUACUUCAGAACUCCCUCUGGAAAAGCAAGGUGUAUCGGUUGCCAAAGUGGAGCAUAACCUAUUUGAGUGGCUUAAGGGACAUUGGCUGAAGCUGAAGGGAACACUAAUGCUUGCAAGUCCUGAGGAUGUAGCAGCCAUUCAAAAAAUUAGGUUGAAAAGUUCUGAGAAGAGCAAAAUGACCCGGGACCACAAUGGCUUCCGGAAGCUGCUCAUUGUGUUAACAAGAGCAGGGAAGCUUUUUGCCCUACACACUGGAGAUGGGCGGAUUGUCUGGUCUCUCUUACUACCCUUGCUACGUUACUCAGAAAAUUGUCAGCAUCCAAUGGGAGUAAAUUUGUAUCAGUGGCAGGUGCCUCAUCAUCAUGCUAUGGAUGAAAAUCCAUCCGUUCUUGUAGUUGGCAAGUGUGGUCAAAGUUCAGAUGCCUUAGGUGUACUUUCUUUUGUUGAUACGUACACUGGGAAGGUGCUUAGAUCUUUUGGUCUUGAUCAUUCUGUUGCCCAAGUUGUUCCACUGCCAUCUACAGAUUCAACUGAACAGCGACUCCAUUUAAUAAUUGAUGCUGACAAGCAUGCACAUUUAUACCCAAAAACUCCAGAGGCUGUUGGUAUAUUCCAAAGUGAGUUAUCAAACAUUUAUGGGUACUCAAUUGAGGCUGAUAAUGGCAUUAUCAAGGGGCAUGCUUUAAAAAGCAAAUGUGUUGGCAAAGAGGCUGAUGAAUACUGCUUUGGCACGCGGGAGUUAUGGUCAGUUGUUUUCCCCUCAGAAUCAGAAAAGAUCAUUGCAACUGUGACAAGAAGACCAAAUGAGGUUGUUCAUACUCAAGCAAAGGUUAUAGUAGACCAGGAUGUGAUGUAUAAAUAUAUAUCAAGGAACCUACUCUUUGUGGCAACCGUUGCACCAAAAGCUAGUGGUGAAAUUGGAUCUGCUACCCCAGAGGAGUCAUGGUUGAUUGUAUAUCUUAUUGACACUGUAACUGGUCGCAUAUUGCACCGAAUGAGUCAUCAUGGUUCACAGGGUCCUGUGCAUGCUGUUUUUAGUGAGAACUGGGUUGUCUACCACUACUUCAAUCUUAGAGCACACAGAUAUGAGAUGUCAGUCAUUGAAAUUUAUGACCAGUCUCGAGCUGAAAACAAAGACGUUUGGAAGCUUGUUCUUGGAAAACAUAAUCUUACUUCACCCAUCUCUUCAUAUUCUCGACCAGAAGUUGUAACAAAAUCACAGUCGUAUUUCUUUACCCAUUCUGUGAAAGCAAUGGCUGUGACGUUGACAGCCAAGGGUAUUACUUCGAAGCAGCUUCUCAUUGGUACAAUUGGUGAUCAGGUUUUGGCACUUGAUAAGCGUUUUCUGGAUCCUCGUCGAACAGUCAACCCUACGCAAGCAGAGAAAGAAGAGGGAAUUAUACCGCUUACAGAUUCACUGCCAAUCAUUCCUCAGUCCUACGUUACACACGCUCUUAAAGUGGAAGGUCUUCGGGGAAUCAUAACAGUGCCAGCUAAGCUUGAAUCAACAACCCUUGUCUUUGCACAUGGAGUGGACCUCUUCUUUACUCAGCUUGCGCCUUCAAGGACAUACGAUUCACUCACCGAGGACUUCAGCUAUGCCCUGCUUCUCCUCACCAUUAUUGCGCUUGUAGCAGCAAUCUUCGUAACAUGGGUACUGUCGGAGAGGAAAGAUCUACAAGAGAAAUGGAGAUGAGUAAUUCUAUCUUCAUUUACCAUUGUGUACUAACAAAUUUGUUAACGUUUUAACUCUUUACGAUUUGAAUUAGAUCAAGGAGAUGAACUCUUCAUCACCUGUAAUUGUUAUAAGCCUUUGUAGCAUACCUUCCUUUUAUUGGCACUUUUGUUUCCAACUUUUUUGACAUUAGAAUAUCUACAUUUACAUUUCCCUGUUGUAAUUCAAAUGAAUAACUUCACGUGGC